AUGCUGACACUGUUCAAGUAUGUGAAAGGCUGCUGUAAAGAGGAGCUUGUAGACUGCUAUCUAUGGUCACUGCACGUAAUAAAGCAGCAGGUAAACAGCCCCGAGCAGCCUCCAGGCUUCCAGCCCUGCCUGCGCCAGGCCGCCGAUCCGAGCGAACAGGAGGCUCUCCCUUGCUGCUCCAGCCCUUUCCCCGCGCGCUCCGGUCCACGCGAGCCCUGGGGGCCGCCGGGGGGACACGACCCGCUCCCUCUCGGCGGCCCCGUCCCCGCCCCACCCAAGGGGGCGGAGCCAGGAUAUGGAGGCGUGGCCUACAACUUGUCCACGCCCCCCCGGCGGACCGGAGAUCGAGGCCACGCCCCGGCACCGCGUCCCCUCGCCAGACCUCUGACCUCUGCGUUGCUUGGUUACCGCGCGGGGCGUCAAUCGGGGGCUCGACCAGCGCCGCUCGCGUUGGCGAGCCGGACUAAACCAUUGGAGGAGGAGGAGAGUCCGGACCGGCAGCUCAAGCUAGCGCUGCUGGGGGACGGCACCUGCGGCAAGACAUCCCUAGCCACGCGUUUUGCCCAAGAAACGUUUGGAAAGCAGUACAGACAAACUAUAGGACUGGACUUCUUCUUGAGAAGGAUAACGUUGCCAGGAAAUUUGAAUGUUACUCUUCAAGUGUGGGAUAUAGGAGGGCAAACAAUAGGAGGCAAGAUGCUGGAUAAAUAUAUCUACGGAGCUCAGGGUAUUCUUUUGGUUUAUGAUAUUACAAACUGCCAGAGCUUUGAAAAUUUGGAAGACUGGUAUAAUGCUGUAAGAAAAGCUAACGAAGAUUCGGAAACACAGCCUCUUGUGGCCUUGGUUGGAAAUAAAAUUGAUUUGGAACAUAUGCGCACAGUGAAAGUUGACAGACACCAACGAUUCUGUCAGGAAAACAACUUCAGUAGUCAUUUUGUGUCGGCCAAGACAGGCGAUUCUGUCUUUCUGUGUUUUCAGAGAAUUGCUGCUGACAUCCUUGGCAUCAAAUUAAACAAAGCAGAAAUGGAACAAUCACAGAGAGUGGUGAAGGCAGAUAUUGUCAACUACAUUCAGGAACCCGUGUCAAGAGCCGUUAAUCCUCCUAGAAGCUCAAUGUGUGCAGUUCAAUGACCAUAUUAUUUUUCUCUGUAUUGAUACCUUUGGCAGUCCUCCUACCUUGACACAGACUCCGGGAUUGCCAGGAACUUUGUUUGAACAGUGACCAUCGUUGCAAUGCAAGUAGGGGUUCCAAAAACGUGUUGCACCAUUGUAUGUUGAAAAGCAGCAGGCAGUCUUUUGACUGGCUGGGUUUCAAAUAUUAGACCACACACUUUGUAAUAUUAAGAUCUAUAUUCUUUCAAAUUAUAUUCAAUAAAGCGGUUAUAACUGUGUUUAUACAUUUCCUCCUCUCUAUUUGACUGAUAAUGGAAUUAAAUUGGAUAAGAAGUCCUGCAUUUUAAACAAUUUUAGACAUCACUGCUGAAAAGUAUUUUGCCAAAGUAUUUUGUCGUCUUUUUCCCUCCUCACGUCCUCUGAUCCAAACUGACACUGAGCAAAAUGUAACUUGGAAAAGCCAUUGUUGGAAUAAUGUUGAGUAAGUAAUAUAUUUUAUCUAGGGAUAAUUUGGAAAAUAUUCCA